GGCACAAACCAACUGCUUUCUCUUGCCUUUCUUAGCCAUCUCAGGAUGUGGUCAAAGACAUCAUCCAGUUAUCGAAGGACACACUAGAAAAAAUUGACAAAGCUCGAUCUGAAGGAUUAUACCAUGAAGUUGUAAAGCUGUGCCGAGACUGUCUGGCAAAGCAGGAACCAGUUCUAGGAGACACAAACAUUUACAUGCUGCGGAUCCUGAGUAUUUUGUCAGAAGUUCUCUCUUAUCUCCAACUCGUGGAUGAAGCAGCUGGCCACUCAAAACGGAUGGUGGAUGGCUACCUGAAGCUGUACCACCCAAACAAUGCACAGCUUGGGAUGGCCCUUAUGAGAGCAGGAGUGACACACUGGCAUGCAGGUCUCAUUGAAGCAGGGCAUGGGAUGAUUUGCAAAGCCUACGCUAUUCUUCUUGUGACACAUGGCCCCACACACCCAAUUACCAAAGAUUUGGAGGCCAUGAGGAUUCAGUCUGAGAUGGAGCUGCGCAUGUUCCAGCAGAAUGAGUUU